AUGGCUCCCAACGACACAGACACGAACAGUGACCACUCCGCAAUGGCGCCGUUUCCGCCAGACUUCGUUUUCCCUGUGACUGCGAGUUACAUCCAGUCUGAAAACCAUCGCGACCUCUUGGACAUCAUUGACAAACUCCGGUCGCGUGGAGUGAGCCAUUAUGUCGACCUCCCGCAAAUCAUCGUAUGUGGUAGCCAGUCUUCCGGAAAGAGCGCAACUCUUGAGGCUCUUUCGGGAAUUUCUUUCCCCACCGCCGAGGGUCUAUGCACACGAUUUGCGACUGAGUUGAUUCUUCGUCGAGGCGAUCAAACUGAGAUCAGCGUGCAUAUCAACCCAGGAACUGGGCGUACCGAGAAGGAGAGGAUCGCCCUAGCCGCAUUCGCCCCAAAGACGAACGCUCGUGACAACAUCGGCAAAAUCAUCGAAUCGGCGAAGGUCGCCAUGGGACUCUUGGGGGAUGGAGCAAAAGUCUUCAGUACAGACGUCCUUCGGAUCGAGCUCGUCUCGCCAGACCAGCCCAACUUGACGAUUGUGGACCUUCCUGGCUUAUUUGGAGCAUCCGACAAGAACCAAACAGAUGCGGACUCUACAAUUGUCCACAAACUAGUGACGACCUACAUGAAGCAGCGCCGUAGUAUUAUCUUGGCUGUGGUUGCUGCUGACAAUGCUUUCGCGAAUCAACCGGUCACCAAACUCGCUCGAGAAAUAGAUCCAGCCGGCAUCAGAACCCUCGGUCUCCUGACGAAGCCGGACAAAGUCGACAAAGGUUCGGACACAGAGCGAUACUAUCUGGAGCUUGCGCAGAAUCAAAAUGUUGUGUUGACUCUGGGUUGGCACGUGCUGCGAAACAAGGGUUUCGACACACUUGAUGACACUAUCGAGCAGCGGGAGAAGAGAGAGGCCGACUUCUUCAGGGAAUCAGCUUGGAGUGUGUUGGAGCCUAGCCAACUUGGCGCCGAAAAUCUGCAGAAGCGACUUCGUGAGAUUCAGUGGAACCAAAUUCGCCAGGGGCUUCCAGGUGUCAAAUCGGACGUCCAAACAGGCAUUCGGGACUGCCAAGCGAAGUUGGCACAGCUUGGUUCUGCUCGAGACAGCAAGAAAGAAAAGCAAAAAUACCUGAUGCAUAUCAGCAGUCGUCUGAACAAAUUGAUGCAAGCUGCCAUCGAUGGUGUUUACGCCGACAGAUUCUUCGAGUCUCGCCCUGGUCAACAAGAUGCCUUUGAACGUCGGUUACGCGCGAAUGUGCAAAAGACUCUCACUAAGUAUUCGGAGGAGAUGACUGCAGACGGCCACGCACUUGAAGUGGUGGAAGAUGACCUGAAGCCCAAGCGACCUUCGAAUUUUGUUUACCGCAGCAACUACUUGCAAACGGUCAAGACACUGAUGGAGAGAUGUCAAUCUCGUGAACUCCCAGGAACAUACAACCCUAUGGUCGUUAGCGAUUUAUUCAGUCGGCAAUGCAAGCCUUGGCAAAGCAUCUCCCAGAACCUAGUUGAACUGAUCCACGAGGCUGCGGCGGUCACCUUCAACAAGCUCUUGUCCGAGCUCUGUGAUGAGAACACCAAAACCCGUUUGAUGAGGGGAAUGAUCCAGCCUUCUCUGUACAAGCUUCGGCAAAAUCUGAAAACCACUGUUGCUGAGCUUCUGGAGCCUCAUCUCUCCAUUCAUCCCAUCACAUACAAUGAAUACCUGACGGAAGUGGUUAGAGAUAUUCAAGGGAGCCGCCACAAGCGUAACUUUGACCGCACAGCUGAAUCCAUCUGUGGAACUGAUACAGAGACUGCGGACCAUGGCACAUACGACGACAUCGCGUUGCGCGAUCUGUUGCAGUCAUUGCUGAAAGCCACGGAGCCGAAUCCCAGGGAGUAUGCUGCAUCACUUGCGGCAGAUGUUGCUGCAGCCUACUACAAGAUUGCCUUGAAGAAGUUCGUUGACGACGUCAGCGUCAAUGCCGUGGAGACAUGCCUCGUUCAGCGGUUGCCUGACGUAUUCUCCCCGGAGGUCGUCUGGGACCUCGAUGACGAGCAAAUUGAGAGCCUCGGGUCUGAAGAUAACAGCACCAUCAAGAAUCGGAACGAUUUGCAGGAGAAGUUGAGAGUGCUCGAGAAUGGGCUGAAAGAUUUGGAUGCUUUCACAGCUCGGAGCUCGAUGUGA